GCGAGGGGUACGGGGAGAGAGAGAGGAGGGGGGAGAUUGGUGGGAGGGGUCUGAUAUGGCAGACGUCACGGCUUGUGUAGGGGAGUAUAGGCUGUGUUGUCAGCCUGGUGUCAGUCUGAUGAAGAUUGGCAUUCAGACUGUCUGGAGGUCAUUGCGCUGUCGGACCGGCUGCUGCAACUUCAGAUGCCCCAAUGCUGAGAACAAGCAAACUGAUCUCCAUGUGAAGCUAUCCCAUGAUGCAACAUGUGUCCCCUGCACCAGCAUUGACCAUGAUGGCCACACAGAGCGUCCCUCCACCAUCAUACCAGGAGAGCCAACAGAUGACAGGCACUACGCAGCAAAACUCAAAGGCCCAGCAUGUCCACCUCUCUGCAGCCUCAGCGGCAGGGGCCACACAGGUCAGCGUGACCCUUGACCCCCAAGCCCAACUGGAGUCAGACAAACGAGCCGUUUACAGGCAUCCUCUUUUUCCUCUUCUGGCGUUGCUGUUUGAGAAGUGUGAACAAGCCACACAGGGAUCCGAGUGCAUCACCUCUGCCAGCUUUGACGUCGACAUCGAAAACUUCGUCCACCAGCAAGAACAGGACCACAAGCCUUUCUUCAGCGAGGACCCUGAACUAGACAACCUGAUGGUGAAGGCGAUCCAGGUGUUGAGGAUUCACCUGCUGGAGCUGGAGAAGGUGAACGAGCUCUGUAAAGACUUCUGCAACCGUUACAUCACCUGCCUCAAGACCAAGAUGCACAGUGACAAUCUGCUACGGAACGACCUGGGCGGCCCGUAUUCACCAUCACAGACCAACCUCGGCCUGCAGCAGGAUCUGCUCCAGAACUCACCCCCGUCCCUCACGUCUGUCUCCAGCACGGUAAACCCCUCUGGGAUCGUGGUCCCUGCCGGUUCGCUGCAACAGAACAACGUUGCCAUGACCACUAUCAACUCUCAGGUGGUCUCAGGUGGGACGCUGUAUCAGCCGGUGGCAAUGGUUACCUCACAGGGGCAGGUGUUGACCCAGGGGUUACCGCAGGGAACCAUCCAAAUCCAAAACAAUCAGGUGAACCUGGACUUGUCCUCACUCUUGGAUGGCGAUGACAAGAAAUCAAAAAACAAAAGAGGCGUCCUUCCCAAACAUGCCACAAACAUUAUGCGUUCCUGGCUCUUCCAGCAUCUCAUGCAUCCUUAUCCUACAGAAGACGAGAAAAGACAGAUCGCGGCACAAACAAAUCUUACCUUAUUACAGGUGAACAACUGGUUUAUCAAUGCCCGCAGGCGUAUACUGCAGCCCAUGCUGGAUGCCAGUAAUCCUGACCCUGCUCCCAAAGCCAAGAAGAUGAAAUCUCAGCACAGACCCACGCAGCGCUUCUGGCCCGACUCCAUUGUAGCUGGAGUCCUGCAGACACACGGAUCCCACUCCACAAACAAUUCAGACAAUUCUCUCGGCAUGGACGGCCUGCAGUCUCUGUCCUCAGACUCGGCCACACUGGCCAUGCAGCAAGCCAUGCUGGGAGGAAACGAGGACUCCAUGGACGGCACGGAGGAGGACGACGACGAAGAGGAAGAAGAGGAGGGAAUCGACGAGGAGGAAGACGAAGAAGAAGAUGAAGAAAUCGAGGGAGGCAGACAGAUGGCUCGGAGAGAUCUGGGCCUCAACCACAACGAAGGACUUGAAUCCCAGUACAGCCUCUCAUUUCGCUCAGACCUCCUCCGAUACUUAAGAUCCAGGCCAACAUCCCUCUCCUCUCCAGCCUCAGGACCAGUUUACUGCUGGAUUGAUCCGCAAUACAUUCCUCUGCUGGAUAAGGAAUUCAAACCUUUAACCAGAGAAAUGUCUUUGUUUUCGUCCACAGCUGCCAGCAUGUCUAUCGCCAACACGGCCGCCCAGGCCAUGCUCUCUGAUGCCCUGCUGAGGGACAGUAAUGGGGACAAUCGCAUUCGACACCUGGAGCUGGAUUUGCCAUUGGAUAAAGUCAUCAAAUUCGUUUCCGUGGGCCUGCCGCUCCUUCUGGUGUCCAUGGCCUUCGCCAGAGAGAUUUCCAUCGGCCCACAGAUUAGCUGCUUUCCACCCAACAACUUCACAGUAAAGCAGGCAGCAUAUGUGGACACGUACUGCUGGGACUCUCUCAUGCACCAUGAGUUUGACACAGAUGGGAACUUAGAAGAACGUUCACUGUGGGUACAUAAAAUGUUUCCAUACUCCUUAUUGGUCAUGGCUAUGAUAAUGUAUCUGCCGGCUCUGAUCUGGCGGUAUCUGGCUGUGCCCAGCCUGACCUCUGACCUGUUCUUCAUCAUCGACGAGCUGGACAAGUCUUACAACCGCUCUGUCCGCCUGGCUCAAAGCAUUCUGGACCUAAAACUGCAUUCAGAAAGCCCACUGCAGUUUCAGGCUGAGCUUGAGAGAGCCAAGCGAAAGCGUUACUUUGAGUACCCCCUGCUGGAGAGAUACAUGCAGUGCAAGCAUGGCUCCUACUUCCUGGUCAGCAUGCUCUUCCUGCGAGGCUUCCUGCUCUUGACCUUCAUGUCCGCCUCCUGCCUUUACCUGAUCUACUUCCACCUCUCCGCCUUCCUGCAAGACGAAUUCAGCUGCUUCGUACGCACGGGCCUCCUCCGCGACCAGCCCUGGGUGCCUGAGCUAGUUCAGUGUAAAAUGACUGGCCUACUUGUGUUCCAGGUCAUUAGCGUAGCUAACGGUGCCGUCUACGUGCUGCUAGCUCCUAUUGUUCUCUUUAGCCUGCUGCGUUUGUUCUGCUGGGACACAACCUUCCUCUCCCUUUACGAGGUGCUGCCCGGAUUGGGGCUCAUGAGCGGUCAGAAACUGGGCUGCCCACUUAACGAUCUCAACGUGCUGCUCCUCUUCCUGCGCGCCAACGUAGCGCAGCUGCGAUCGUACAGCCGCCUGAGGGCCGUUUGCUCCCUGGCACCUCCUCGGCUGAAGGGUGCUAAGGGUGUGCUGACGGGGGAACAGGCCGAGGAAGCUGCGGAGGCCGCCGAGGAGCUCGAGGAGGAGAUUAGAGAGGCCAGAGAGGAGGGCAAACUCAAUCUAGUAGACAUCAUGACUGUGCUGGGAGCAGCCAGAGGAAACGCAGUGAACUGUUCAGAGCAGCGCCCUCUCGUGGAACAAGACAUGACGCUUGGUACGGUCACUCUCAUCUAUAUACUCAAACGCAUCCUGCUCGUGGGCGUUUUCGUGGCCGUCAUAUGGGACGUCCAGAAAAUCAUCAAAGUGACUUAAACUUGCUGGAAAUCAUCUGUGUCCCUACUGAAUGUGUGAAAAUCAUUUUACGUUAAAAAUACUCAUAUGUGACCCUGGACCACAAAAUCAGUCAUGAGUGUCAUUUUUAAAAUCGAGAUGUAUGCAUCGCCAAAACAAGCUUUCCGUUAAUGUACGGUUUGUUAAUAUUGGACAAUAUUUGGUUGAGAUGCAACCAUUUUAAAAAAAAUCGAAAUACUGAGAAAAGAGCCUUUAAAGCUGCCCAGAUAAAGUCCUUAGCAAUGCAUAUUACUA